AUGAGUCUUGAUGACAGUGAGAGCAUAUUAAUACGAGAAGAUGGUCCCUCGAACCCAAGUCUCUCAUGUCCAAUCGCCACUAUACCCCUGGAGCUCCUGGCCGACAUUCUCGAGAUUUGCUACUCCCGUCUAUCUGGAAAGAACAAGUUCCACUUUCCACUCCGAGUUUCUCUGGUAUCAAAGUCGUGGCGAGAUUUGCUGCAGAGCACGUCCGCCUUGUGGACCACAAUUCGAGCCUCCUCCGUGCGGACCGAUGGUCUGAGGGAGUACCUGGAUCGCGCGGAAUCGCAGAGCCUAGAUGUCACACUCGAUGUCAAACAUAGUCAUGGCGAGCCCAGGAUCACAGCUCUCCUCAGCAUCCUUAUCUCGAAGAUCCAUCAAUGGCGCCAGCUCAAUAUUUACGCCGAUGAGGGGCCUGUCCUGGGCAUGAUUGCUCCCCGCCUUCUUAACGCGCCGGCACACAGACUGGAAACAUUGCACGUGCUGGUCUUGGGAGAUGAUCGACACUUGGGGCAGCCAUGGAUGUUUCAUAUGGAUGCUCCGCGCCUGACGAGAGUGCAUAUCAGCAAAUCGCCUCUAUGCUACCGUACCUCCAACAUCUUCCACGGCCUAAGCACUUUACGCCUGGAAUGCCUGUCAUCCGACGGAGUGCCACACCUCACCUUGACCGACCUGCGAGCAAUCGCGGAGAGCUCUCCGCAAUUGCGAGAGCUGGCUGUGCAGCUCCCGCUUCUGAAAGAGGGUACAGGGAACGCUGCUUCCUCCACUGUCCGACUGCCUGCCCUGAGGUCGCUGGAACUGUCCAGCUGCCCAAGCUUGCUCGACGGGUCCAUACGCGCCGAUGACUUCUGGGCAUUCUCUGCCCCGUCUUUGGAGAGGCUCUCUUUGCAGUUGCCGUGGCAUGCCUGGCGAACAUUUAUCAUGUCUCUCAUGUUGAAACGCUUCCAGCGUUGCUUUGCGCAUGUCGUAGCGAUCAAGCUGAAGAACAUCCCUUUCAUGGCCAACAUUCCUCGCAGCCGGCAGGCGCCGAGCAACGCCCCCCGCGCGAUGUGCGAACUCUUCAUCUCGGCCUUUCCUUCCCUGCAGCGCCUGGAAUGCUUCGACACCGAUCCCACCGCUCUCGUAAAAACUCUGACAGCACACCUCCUCGGCGACAAGGAGUCCUGGCCACAUCUGGCGUGCGUGACGACUAACAAGGGCGACUGGUCCGACCUCGUUACCCUCGCGCGGCUGCGUGCGCAACACAAGAGGCCGUUGCGGGUGAUACACUUGCCGGCUGUGCAGGGCUUAUCCCGGCGCGCGCGAGAGCUCCUCGAGGAGCUAGAGCAGCAUACAAAUGUGGAAUACUAUAGCCCUGAAGAUGAUGAUGGUGGGAGGAUGGAUCUUUAUCGAUGA